UCAAGUCGUCCACCGCAGCAAUGAGCGAUCCCGGUGUGGACCUGAGCAACGGUCUCGAAGAUGUUACUAUUUCAUUUCCACCCGAUUCAACUGAACAGCUGUGCCCUGUCUUCCAGUGUUCAAGUCCUUGUCAUUUUGCAGUACUCUCCUGUCAACAUUCAAGGACCGGGAUGCCCCGUGGACCCCAGUGAAGUUACACUUCCUGGGUGCUCCUGCGUUUCCCAUUCAUGCAUCACUGAGAGCUGUUGCUGCUUGCAGACCCAUGGACAAGCCUACGCAGGCAAUGGCACGUUGCGCAGCAUUAGUGUAUCAGAUGUCGGUCACUUCACGCCGGUGUUUGAGUGUAAUGCCCUUUGUUCCUGCAGUGACACUUGCUCAAAUCGAGUGGUGCAGAGAGGGCUGAGACUCAGUUUGCAGAUAUGCACCACUGCCAGGAGUGGGUGGGGCGUGCGGACGCUUCAGCGGAUCCCACAUGGGGCGUUUGUGUGCGAGUACGCGGGGGAGGUCAUCGGUUUUGAGGAGGCCAAACGAAGGCAACUUGCACAGAGAUUUGAGGACAAUAAUUACAUAAUUGCUGUCCGGGAGCACGCAGGCACAGGUUCCAUCACAGAGACAUUUGUGGACCCGGCCACUGUGGGAAACCUAGGUCGCUUUCUAAACCACUCCUGCUUGCCCAACUUGUUCAUGGUGCCGGUCCGUGUGCACUCUUUGGUUCCCAGAUUGGCACUGUUUGCCGGCCGGGACAUCGAUGUCCAAGAGGAGCUAACGUUUGACUACUCAGGAGGCUACACAAACCAAACACCUGGACAGCUACACGGCACACAAACUGACACUGCCAUUCAGGCCAGUAAGACAGUCCAGAGGAAAACUUGUCACUGUGGGGCCAAUAACUGCGCAAAGUUCCUGCCUCUAGAUUUAUCUAUUUUAAAGUAACCUAAAUUGAAUGUUCCCUCACAAUUAUCUUGCAUUUGUUAGUACAUAUUGAAUGUAAAAUUGAGUCAUAUAAAUCUUGAAUUUGCCUUGAAAGCCUGUUUAAAUGAGCCACUCAGAACACAAUACAUGUUCUAUCAUCAUUAUUUGCUGUUUGGUCUCCUAAUGUGGAGGGAACUCCUUGACAUGUCCUUCCUGCUCACUACUUCGCAGUCACUGUAAAAUGCUUCUGUACACAAUAUGUCUCAGUGGUUACUGUCAUCAUGUCCUAGCACACAAUAUUCCAUUUGUCCCACCUUACAUGUUUGUCAGGAGCAGGAUGAUUGCCAGCACAGGCACGUGGUGAAUAGGAUUAAUUUAAUGUCCAUAGCACUCAUUUAUGUUGUUAUAACAGUAAAAGCCUUGCGCCAAAAAUUAGUCAUUCCAUAAAGAAAAACCACAAACCUGUAAUAAAUGCUGCCAUCCACUCAUUUAGAUCAUCCUCAACAAUCUCUCUUUUCUAGGUAUUCUCAGCUUGUCUAUGCUCUUGGCCCUCAAGAGAGGUGUGACCAAUUAAAAUGGGCCUGGGGGUAUUUUGAUAUAGAAACAAGUUUUAUUCCCCAGUCAAAGGAGGAGGCGUGUCCCACUUUACUGUGACUGCUUCUGAAAUUAGGCCGUCCUCUUGAUGUGGCCUCUUUUUCAUGUAGUCCUGCUUUCAUCUUAUUAAUGUCCACAUCUGGGUUAAUUAGAAUGAAGACUGUCUUUCAUGCAGAAAUUGGACCAGUGCUCCAGCCACACUGGGCCUGGAAGAGAUGAAUGUAGGAGUGGACAAGCACGGAGGCUGCUGUCAAGUUGCUAUUUUCUUCCAAGUAAGAAUUGUGAAAGAUGCUCUGUGUUGGUGUUUCCCCACCUGAAUGCUCUGUGCACAGCCUUCAGUUUGUCAAUUUUUUUAAAGCUAAAUGUGUGUUUGUGUGUGUCUCUGUUUUUGUGGACGAGUGGCGGGAGGGUUUGGUUUUAAUCCAUGUCAAACACAUUUGAAUUGCAUUUUAUGUAUGAAAAACGCUGUAUGAAUAAAGUUUAAUUGACUGAC